AUGGAUCAGCUUACAGCUGAGCUGAUCGUCCAUCUACAACUCGAAGACGCCUGCUCUUGUUCGGAAACCUUCAAAGGCAAAUCCCGGGGUCCCACAGACGCGGAGUUGGCUUUCCAGCUACAAAAAGAGCAGCUGGAAGCAGUCUCACAUACUCUCAAGGAUAGGCGAAUGGCCAUGAGUUUUGCAGCCGCGGUUCAAGCGGAUGGGCGCGUCCUAGCUGAAACCCAAGAGCAAGAAGAGAUCGCAUUCAAAGAUCGUCUUGUUGCGCGUCAAUGGGUGGAUGGUGAACGUCUUGUCUCGCCCAAUGAUCCCGAGCCACAAACAGCGGGUUUAGAUGAUGAGACUCUGAAAAAGCUCGAGGCUUUGUAUGUGUCCGGCGUGAAAGGAUUCUUCGACUGGGACCAUGGAGACACGGCUGGCAGUGAAGCUGACCAUGCUGAAUCAUCUGCUUGGGCAGCUCGACGACCUCAUCAAGCACGACCCCGAAUGACUCAAUGUGUCGCUUGUGGAGAAAAUACAGAGUUCUUCAACGUAGCGCGGGCCCCCUGUCGACACGAGUAUUGUCGUACUUGUCUGGAAUCUCUUUUCAAAGCUUCAAUAACAGACGAAUCGCUAUUCCCUCCAAGGUGCUGCCGCCAACCAAUCAGUUUGAGCACGGCUCGCAUAUUUCUCAAAUCCGAUCUCGUCCAGCUGUACGAGAAAAAGAAGAUUGAGUUCGAAACGCCAAACAGAACGUACUGCUACUCCACUCGGUGUUCUGCCUUCAUUGAGCAAUCCCAUAUCGUUGGUGAAGUAGCCACAUGCCCGGAGUGCCGGCACACGACUUGUACAAAUUGCAAAGGGCGAGCACAUACGGGCGAUUGUCCAAAUGACUCUGCUAUGCAGCAACUGUUAGAAGCCGCACGAGAAAAUGGAUGGCAGCGCUGUUAUUCGUGCUGGCGACUAGUGGAACUUGAACAUGGUUGCAAUCAUAUGACGUCUAUAAUAGCUGCCGCUGUGGUGCCCAAUUCUGUUACAAUUGUGGGGAGCGGUGGAAGAAUUGCGGAUGCGAACAAUGGAAUGAACAUCGUCUUCUUGCGCGUGCAUACCAAAUCGUUGAUCGAGACGAAGGUCAUCCGGUUGCACCAGAGAUUGACGGAGCUCAUAUUCAAGUUCAUGAUGCUUUAG